AUGGGGCCGCCCCGCUACACGGGCGCGCACAUGCCGCGCACACGGCGCCGGGCAGCCGCGGUGUCACCUGCUCGCCGGCAGCGCCGGACCCACGCCCUGCUUGGCGCGGAGGGCCCUCCCGGGGCGGGCCGUGCCGGGCGGAGCGCGGGCGCGGCGGGCCGGGCGGGGCCGGCUCCGAACCGUCACGCCGAGGCUGCCAGCGGGAGAGCUCAGGCGGAGCAGCGGCCCGAGGGCUGCGGGUGCUUCUGCGGCGGUGGACCCCGUGCCCGCUCCCGCAGCAGCGCUGCCCGCUCGGGUCGUUCGCUAACGCUUUUGAACGCGCAGGGCUCGGUGCGGGCCACGGGCGUCUCGGCACGAGGGAAGGGGGGCUCCGGGCAUUCUCCGCAUAAGCGUGCGGUGCCGGCGGAUGCGUGGGUGUCUGUGCAGUCUGUCUGUGCACAUUCCCGGCUGCCUGGACGCGUAUUUUCCCCAGUACUGACGGGCACCGCCCGCUUCCCUGCUGAGCCGGACUCCGCAACUCGCUGCCCUGCGGAGCCCCAGCCUUCCCCUCCCGCCAGUGGCCGACGCCGAAGCAUCGGUGCACAGAAAAAGGCCCGUGGCGGGAGCGUUCGGGGAGCCGGGGCACCAGGCUGCCGGCACGGUGGACAGCUGCCUAGCUUCGGCACCGGCACGGAGACCGGCGGGCGCCCCCCGGGCGGCCUCGCUGCCGGUUGUCCACGGAGCUCCCUAUGCUUCCCUCAACCGGGCACUCCCCAGACCGGCUCUGCAAACCUGCAGCUCCGACCGAGCCCCCGGCGGCCGCGCCCGCCGCCCGGUGCCUCCACGUCGCCGUGCCUCUGCCCCCGGCCGCUUUCGUGCGGGGCAGUCCCACGGCCUGGCCGCGUUGGCUCGGUAGCCCUAGCGGAGCGGCCCCGGCCCGGGAGGAGCCACCGCCGGCGGCGCACGACGGUGGCUGAUCCAGCCCGUGCUGCCCCCCUCGGAAGGAUGGAUGUGAACGAGCUACUAAGUGUAGUUACUAAUAACAAUAACAAUAAAUUUUUGGACUGUUGUUCAGUAAUGCAAACAAAUGUUUCGUGAACCACACGGAGUCUCCCCGUGCCUCGCAGAAGCCCCACAGGAACCGGCCCGUCUGACCACCGGCUGUUCCCCGGCCCAGGGAAUGGACCCCCGGGCAGCCUCACGGAGCAGGUGACAGGGCCAGUCAUCAGGGCCGGGGCCAGCUAGGGCGGCCGAAAGGGGAGGUGGUGCCGGCGGUAUCCGGCAGAAUGCGGUCGGAGGCCGCGCCGCAUGAAAAGCGGCGAGCACCGAGCCGGUAUUUUAAUAAAGCAGGACGUCUUUGAUA